AUGUCCGGAAAAGAGGCAGCGGCGGCAGCGGGGAACCCGAGCGGUCAGGGUUCCCCUCACCCCGGCUACAACAACUCCGCUGUCCCGGUCCCGGUCCUCACCCAGACCGACUCCAGAGACAAGUGGAGCAAAAAGAUGGACUUUCUCCUCUCUGUCAUUGGCUUUGCAGUAGAUCUGGGAAACGUUUGGAGAUUUCCAUACAUUUGUUACCAAAACGGUGGAGGGGCUUUUCUUAUUCCCUACAUUUUGAUGGCCAUCUUCGGUGGCGUCCCACUAUUUUACAUGGAGCUGGCACUAGGACAAUUCCACAGAACCGGAGCCAUAUCUAUAUGGAAACACAUCUGUCCCAUUUUCAAAGGUAUAGGGUACGCGAUUUGCAUCAUUGCCCUUUACGUGUCCUUCUACUACAACACCAUCAUCGCCUGGGCCCUCUUCUACUUCUACUCCUCUUUCUCAAGUGUCUUGCCUUGGACAAACUGUGACAACGUGUGGAACACCCCUGACUGCACCAAUUACUUUGGCAUACACAACGUCACCUGGACCAACUCCUCCAGGUCUCCAGCAGAGGAGUUUUACACGAGAAAUGUUCUUGAGAUCCACAAGUCCUCAGGGCUGCGUAACGUUGGGGGUGUUCGCUGGCAGCUGAUGCUCUGCCUUUUUCUCAUCUUCACCAUAGUUUAUUUCAGCCUCUGGAAGGGGGUGAAAACUUCAGGCAAGGUCGUGUGGGUGACUGCAACCUUGCCCUACGUGGUGCUGUUUGUUCUGCUGAUCCGUGGCGCCACGCUGCCAGGGGCCUGGAGAGGUGUAGUGUUUUAUCUCAAACCGCAGUGGGGGAAGCUCCUUGAAACCAGCGUGUGGGUAGAUGCUGCCGCUCAAAUAUUCUUCUCUUUGGGGCCCGGAUUUGGGGUGCUGCUGGCCCUCUCCAGCUACAACCCAUUCACAAACAACUGCUAUCGUGAUGCCAUUGUGACCAGCUUGGUGAACUGUCUGACAAGCUUUGUGUCAGGCUUUGUGAUCUUCACCGUGCUGGGCUACAUGGCGGAGAUGAGACAAGUGGAGGUGGAGGAUGUGGCCAGGGAUAAAGGCCCGAGUCUACUUUUCAUCACCUACCCAGAGGCCAUCGCCAAUAUGAUGGGCUCCACCUUUUUUGCCGUUAUAUUUUUUGUGAUGAUGAUCACCUUGGGCCUGGACAGCACGUUUGGUGGACUGGAGGCGAUCAUCACUGCUGUACUGGACGAAUACCCAGAUUAUCUCUCACACAGACGGGAGCUUUUUGUUCUGGGUUUGGUAGUUGUCUGUUUUUUGGGCUCUUUAAGCACCCUUACUCAUGGCGGGGCUUAUGUAGUGAAGCUGCUUGAGGAGUUUGGGGUUGGAUGCUCCAUCAUCGCUGUGGGUUUUCUCGAGGCCAUUGCUGUCUCUUGGUUCUAUGGUAUUAAAAGGUUUAGUAAUGACAUCCAAGCCAUGUUGGGCAAAGCUCCUGGAUUAUUCUGGAAGGUGUGCUGGGUUGCCAUCAGUCCGGCGUUUUUAGCGUACAUCAUCGUGAGCUCCCUGCUGAAAGCUCCACCGCUUACCCUGUUCGACUAUGAGUAUCCUGAUUGGAGCAUCACAGUGGGCUAUGUCAUUGGCUUGUCAUCCUUCAUGUGGAUCCCAAUCUACAUGGUCUACAAGCUAGUAUGGACACCGGGGUCUCUCAAACAGCGUCUGGCGGUAUGUCUGAGACCAGAGAGGAUUGUGUUAGACAUCCACACAGAGAGCCUCAACAUGGCCCCUGUGCCAUAG